UCCCAGCCUGCUGGGCUCUGUGUGAAGCGAGGCCAGAGGGGAGGUCCCAUCUCAAUGGAUCUUCUCUUUGGGACCAUUCCUGAGCGAGGAGAAUUCACAGCAGGAUAAGGAAUAAAUCCAGCACCUUUGUCGCUUCAUUGUUGCCUGGCUUUUUGAGAGCAUGAGUUUGGUCAUUAGGGGUGCUGCCACCUGAAUAUUUCUUCAUCAGAUGCCACAGAAGAGAGUCUAGGAGAACAAAGAAACUUGUGAUGUGGAGCUGACAGUUCUGGUUUCAGCUGGUGAAAACUUGCAGAAUCAGUGAGAAGGCAAAGGAAAAAAUGCCCAGGACAAUGUCGGUAACUCCUGGUAAUUUGUCACUCAAUGGGACGAGCUUCUUGACUGACAAUCACAGCAUUAUGGACAAGCCCAGUGAGCAGAGAACUUGGAAUGUCCUUCUGUUCUGCUUGACUUUUGCCAUUGCACUCCCAGCCCUUCUGGGCAGCAUUUAUUCACUCGUUUCCCUGCUGAAACUGCAGAACAAAACCCCGGUUUCGAUGAUUGUGACCUCUUGGGCAGCAGAUGAUCUGAUCAGCAUCGUGCCAGUGAUUAUUUUCAUGCUCAUGCAGUGGUCAAGCGAAGUCCUCCCCCAGCCUCUGUGCAGCACCUCAGCGUUUAUGUAUUUAUUCCAGGGCAUUUCUAGCAGCCUGAAAGGGUCUCUUAUAGUUUCUUACAACUUCUACACCCUCGACACGACCGGGCCACCGAGCUGCAGCUCCUCCGAGCGCCGUGUGAGUGUGGUGUGGGCCAUCCUCACCAUCUGGACCGUCAGUCUGCUGAUGUGCAUCUUGCCUCUCUGUGGCUGGGGCAGCUACAUCCCCACGUCCUGGGGCUGCUUUGCCGACUGUGGCAGCUCCUACGUCCUCUUUGUGCUCGUUGUGUACUCGCUGUGCUUCUCCCUCCUGGCAGUGCUGGCUGUUCCCCUCACGCUGCAGCUGCUGUGCUCAGGUGAGCCCCAGCUGCUGCACACCGAGCACCUGCAGGGCUCUGGAGGCUCCAUCUCCCCCGGGACACCAUGGGGCUGCGGUGCUGCUGCCCCUCCACUGCCGCUGCUGGACCCUGGGGAUAAAACCCGGGAGCCUUUCCAAAACUCAGAGGCAGUUUUUGGGAAGGGUGUGGCUGAGAGCAGCACACAGAGCAGGAGCUUCACGGUGGGCUUUGCCCAGAAACGGUUCUCGCUGAUCCUGGCACUGACCAAAGUCCUUCUCUGGCUGCCAAUGAUGAUUCAGAUGGCUGUCCAGUACAUCACUGGGCUGCAGAGCCUUUCUUUUGAGACACUGAGCUUCCUGCUGACCGCGCUGGCUGCCACGGUCACCCCGCUGUUUGUCCUGUCACAGCACUGGCUCCACCUGCCCUGCGGCUGCAUCAUCAAUUGCAGGAGGAACUCCUAUGCAGUGUCUUCACAAGAUGCCAAAACCAAGCGCAGCAGUUUUGAGUUCAACCUGUCGUUCCAGCAAGGCUGUGGAAUCUACAGGAUAUCCCUGGAGAACCCUGCCCACCCCAGCAGCCACGGCAAGCCCUCGUCCUGCCGCGGGCUGGCGAGCUCUGCCUGCGGGGAGCCUGGCAGGGGCAGUGCCAGCGGGAGCAGGGCACGGGGGAGCGGCUCCCGGGGCAGCCCUGCCGCUAGCCCAGGGCCCUGCCAGGGCCAGCAGGGCACCAGCGCUGGCCCCUCAGCAUUCCCUGCAGGCCCAGAGUGGAGGCUGUCCCACGAGGAGAGCCACGCACACGGCCUCUCGGACCGGGAGUGGUGCCGGAGUAAAUCCGAGAGGAACCCUCGGCAGCGCACGGGCGCGGCGCUGGCCGUGCCUCUCCGCGCCUUCCAGGGCACCGUGUCCCUGCAGGCCCCCACCGGCAAAACGCUCUCCUUGUCCACCUACGAGGUGAGCUCCGAGGGGCAGAAGAUAACGCCGGUGGCCAAGAAAAUCGAGGUGUACCGCUCCAAAAGCGUCGGGCACGAGCCGAGCGCGGGCGAGCCUCGGGGCGCGUUUGCCGACACGAGCGUGAAGAUUCACGUGGAGGUGCUGGAGAUCUGCGACAACGAAGAGGCCCUGGACACCGUGUCCAUCAUCAGCAGCAUCAGCCAGUCCUCGGCGCAGGCACGCUCGCCCUCGCUGCGCUACUCGCGCAAGGAGAACAGGUUCGUGUGCUGCGAGCUGGGGGAAAGCGCCUCUUACUCGCUGCUCAUCCCCUCGCACAGCCCCGGCUGCGACCUCAGCAUCUCCAUCCCGGACACCGUGGAGGCUCACCGGCGCAACAGCCAGCAGCAGCUGGCGGCCAGGGCUGGCUACCAGGAGGAGAUACAGCUGCUGAACAAAGCCUACCGAGAGCGGGAGGAGCAGGGCGACAGCUAGAAAAGGCGUUUAAUCCGCACGCCGCAACUGCUCUGGCAGACAGUGCUGCCCCUGGCCCGAGUUACCCGAGCAAACACAGUGUCAGCUGGUUUUUGUUUUUUUUUCUUCCUAUCGUGCAAAUGUUAUUUGGGUGCACUGUUGAAUCAAUUCAAACUGUUAGUGAUGUAUCAAGGGGAUAACAAAUACUCAAGUGCUUUACAGCUUUCCAUAGUGGAUUUUAAGUUAUUUAUUUCUAUAGCUAUUUAUUUGAGGCACGCGCGUGUCUA